ACAUUUGUUUUGCUAUCGCGCUUGAUCAACUCACUAAGAAGAAGAAAAAAUGGAUAGCAGACAGUACUGGUCAGUUGAGGACACCAGGGCUCUUCUGAACAUUUGGGCAGAGGAAAAUGUUCAGAGGCAAAUAGUCGGCAAUUGUAGAAAUGAGGAUGUUAUCAAAUACAUCGUUCCUGAGCUAGCGAAAGCACAAAUUCAGCGAACAACGGUACAAGUCCGCGAGAAGUUGAAGAAAUUGCGAGCACAGUAUAAAGCGAUCAAAAUCCACAAUGGUCAGAGCGGCGCCCACCGGAAAAAUUUCCCGUGGUUUGAAAUCAUGGACGGUGUGCUAGGUCACCGACCCUCCGUUAGUGGGGAGACCACCAGAGAUUCGAUGGCAGCUAACCUUACAGUCGAUUUGCCAUCAAACAACACUGUCAUGGAGUUGAGUGAACUGGAGGAUGGUCCAUCGCAACCACUUAUUUCGUCUACCCCUGAGAGACAUGACAGCACAACCGGUAUUAGAGGGGAAUCACACCACAUUCCACAGAGGACACGACCAGAAUCUCGAAAGCGUAAGGCAACCUCCUUGUCCAGGGACUUUAUGCAGUACAUGCGUGAGCAGACUCAAGAACAAAGAGAGGCAGAACAGGAACUGAGACGGAAGGACAGAGAUGCAGAGAUGUUGAUGCGACGGGAGGAGCUGGCAGCUUAUAUGCAAUUACAGCAAAAAGAAAUGGAUAAUAGGCAGAAGGACUCUGAGGUGUUAAGUUCAAUUCUUGGUAGCUUUGCAGCUACAAAGAGACAUGACAGCACAACCGGUAUUAGAGGGGGAUCACACCACAUUCCACCGAGGACACGACCAGAAUCUCGAAAGCGUAAGGCAACCUCCUUGUCCAGGGACUUUAUGCAGUACAUGCGUGAGCAGACUCAAGAACAAAGAGAGGCAGAACAGGAACUGAGACGGAAGGACAGAGAUGCAGAGAUGUUGAUACGACGGGAGGAGCUGGCAGCUUAUAUGCAAUUAUGGCAAAAAGAAAUGGACAAUAGGCAGAAGGACUCUGAGGUGUUAAAUUCAAUUCUUGGUAGCUUGGCAGCUGCUCUUCUGCAAAAAAAAGUAGAGCAGUCUGUCCAAGUCGCAUCUGCUUUAUAGUACUUUUUAGCACCUUUGUUAUUUUAACCACCUUUGUUAUUUUUGUUUGUUGUGUUGCACCUUCGUAAUUUGCACUAUUGUAAAAAAUUGAUC